AUGUCCGGCCCAGGACAGCAGACACGGAUCGUAUUGGUGCCCUGCCGUCGCAAGGGAAGCAGUUCGUCGCAGUGGUCAGAUUACUCUGAUGACUACUCGGACAGCUCCAGUUCAGCAUCGGAGGAAGGCUUUCAGCCGAGCACGGCUGCCUCCAUUUGGGAUGCAGAUGCUCAGGUUGCACCUCCGCCUGGCAUCUGGGAUGGGGGAGGAGGUGAUUGCAAAGCUGGCAAGCUGUGCAAACCUGUACCCAAUGAUGCUGCCCCAGUGCGGCUACGACCCGGUCCUGUGAAUCUGCGUGAAGGUGGAGUGCUGCGAAAAGACAGGUGGAGGAGAUUGCCAGAUGGUCCACUGGAGUCAUUUCUGGAGAUGGAAGCUGCUACCACGGAUGCCUGCCGGCAAGGUCCUGGUGGACGACGCGCGGCAGCAUCUUGGGCAGACGACAAUGUUGGCAAAAGGCGGAAGAGGCCGCUGUCUGCUUCACCAAGCAGGGCCAUCAAGAUUUCAAAUGUUCCACCAUCAGUGUCAUUGAAGCACCUCCGGGAGCUUUUUCAAAAAGGAGCUGGCCAGGUCGUGGAUGGUGCUCAAGGAGAGCACGGAGAUGCCUGGCUGAAGUUUCAGCGCAGUCAUGAGGCUGAGAAGGCAGUUGAACUCUUCAGUGACGGGACGCUGGACGGCAGAACUAUCAAG